AUGACCGCAGCAUCAAGACUCUCUCAGCUCCUUCCACCGCGCCUGGCGCGUCCAAUCUCUGCGAUAACCCCCCAGAGCAAAAUGAACAGAUCCGUCGUCGUAUCCCUCUCGCAGGACACAUUGUACGAGCAAAACGACUGCAUGUCUCAAGGGCACGUCAUCUACCCACACAACAAGCACCCAGAGGAUCCGCAGUCGCAGUCGGUGCGCAGCGCGAUGCUGGCGAGGGUGACUAGAGAUAAUUUCAGUAUUGAUGCGGCGUCCCCGAAUGUUAAGCCGGACCCGGGAGAUAGAACUUUGGGCAAUCCGGAGGGGAUUGGGAUGCUUGAGCAGGUGGGCAGCGCAAGUGCGACUGCUGCGUUCUUCAAGGCGGGAGGGAAGCAAGGAGCUGGAUUCAUUUUUUGA